UCUACUGUUCCGAUUACUCCUGCAAGGAAAAAACAGGCAAUUGAAGAGCCUGCGGCACCACCAGUAUUAACAACAGAUGUGGAUAUGAGGUAUUACAAUGAUCUUCUAAGCCCAAUUCCUGAUGAAGUUGUUUCUGUUGCACUAAUAUUGGAUUGCAUGCUGCAGCAGGUCAUUGCGUCAGAAGAAAACCUUACACCACCCAGUUUGGUGGUUCCAGAGCCACGUGAAGAUGGGCUGGAUCAUGCGGUAGCAUGUCAUAUUCUUUCAAUUCUUCCUUCUCUUGCCCUUCCUGAGAUUGGAAAAAAGAAUCUGUAUAACUCUUUUUAUCCUGAAAAUGAAGAAAAAAGGAUGACUCUCAGAUGGCCCCUGCUACUGAAUUAUCAUGAUACUUUGUCUCAAAAGCUGCACUUCUUAAAGAUACAAGAUGGUUUAGACCCAGAAAAGGUUGAAGAUGAAAUGAUGAACCAGCUGCCAUUGAUGAAUCUUCUUAAAUUUCCUCUUCCACCACCUGGAAACAAUACAAAACGCCUUGCCAGGAUUCAUGAGCUAAUGCAUUAUUGUACUAGUGACCACAUGAAUUGGGCUGAAGUAGAACGAGCUUUUAAAGUGUUUACAUUUGAAAGUCUGAAGCUGACAAGGGUAGACGAUUCUGGACAAUUAGAAGGUCCUGGCACAAUGCUUGGCGGUGAUUAUGAGGUCUCCUAUAUCCCAUGGGAUAAUCCUGCUAGAUUUGCUAUGCAACUGAGGCAAGAAAUAACUGGAAAAAGCAUUUCUGAACAAAGUAUCAACAAAUCAGAUUGGAUUCUUGAUAAAAGUGGAAGGGACCAAAGAAAUUCUCUUGAAAACAAGGUAAUUGUGGAGACAGAUUUAGCAGCCAUACAAAAGACACAGCAGCGAUGUUUGAAAGAAUGGAGUUUUGCGGAACAUUUUCAACCACAUCUUCUCUUCCAGGUUCUUCACAAUGCAACUGAGAAUUACAGGUGCAUUGAUACUUACUAUCACACUCAAGAUAACUCUUUGUUGAUAGUCCUUCACAAUCCCAUGAACCAGCGUUAUCAGUUUCAGGAGUCCUGGAAUGUUGCUUUGCAUUCUGAUGUUGGAUUCAGGAAUUACCUGGAAUUGGUGGCCAGCUCCAUUGAUCAGUGGAUAUUAAGAGAAGAAGCCAAAUAUCAGGAAGAAAAAAUGGCUAAGGAACUGGAAGCACUUAGGUUAGCUAAAGAGAUGGCAGAAAAACCACCCAUUGAAAUCAAGUCCCCACCUACUGGAAAAAAAGGUGCUGCCUCAAAGAAAUCCAAAAGUCCUCCUAAAAGCAAAACAGAUGUUUCUCCAGAACCCACAGUUGAGAAGGAAAAAGAUAUUUUUGUUCGAGAUGACUCUCUCAAGGCUUGGAAGGAAGAGCAGGAGAGGCUAUUAGAGGAAGAACGUUUGAAAGAAUUAAAAAAAGCUGAGAAGAAAGAAAAGUCUGGUGGCAAAAAAAAGGGUCAGGGUAAGGAGACAUCAGCAUCUGAUGAAGGAAAGACAUCUAAAAAAAAAACUUCAAAGGAUAAACCUAAAUCACCAUCUAAAUCACCAGAGUCAACUAAAUCACCAGAAACAGAAGAUCACUCAAAACUACAAAAACAAAGUAAACAGAAUAUUCCUCCCCUGCCUCCAGAGAAAGACUAUGAGUUUCUUGGAUACAAUAUGGGUGAGAACCCCAUUCAAGUUGCUGGAACUAUUCGAUAUUUCUUCCCUACUGAUGGAGGGCAGAUCCAGGCAGAAACAAUAACAUUUGAAAAAGGGUCAACCUUGAUCAAAGUGAAGGUAAUAAAGGACAACCACAGUUUCUUUGUUCACAUCAUAGACCCCAAGAAAAGCUCCAGAGAAAGUAAUAAUAAAGAAAAACAUUCUGGCUCUCCAGAAGAACAAGAGACAGAAACAGAAAAACCAGUAAAUCAAGAGAAAGGUGUGAGCAAAUUUGGAUCAUUUUCUGCAACCUUAGAAAAUAACAUUCAUCUUUCCAUUAGUUACUAUGGAGCUUCAGGGAAAGCAGCAGAUGAAAAAGAUCCUGAUUUAGCAGCAAUUUUGUCUAUUCCUUCCAUAAAUGUUCCUACCUCCACCCUUGUUCCUUCGGCUGCCUCUGCUGCUACGGUUUCUACUCCAGGAAAAACCAAACCUGGUAAGGAAAAAUCAGUCAAAUCAUUACAGUCUGCCAAAAUGAGCUCUCGUCUCACAGUGGCUGUAUCGCCAGAAGAAGCUCCAAAACAAGAAGAGAGAAAGGUAGAAGCAGAUGAGCCUGUCCAAAUCCAACAUGUCCCAGAGGCCCAUAUUUUCAACACUUUGAAUGUGUCCUGUCCCAAUGGAUUGGUACUGACCUUUUUUGGACAAAAGUUCACAGGUGAAGAAAAGGGAGACAAGGACAAGAACAAUAAUGAAGAAAACAAAAUAGAUGAGGCUAAUUUGGAGAAAGCCAAGAAAGAUGAAAUCAGGAUACAAGAAGCCAAAGAAGAACAGGAUAAGGGCAACGAGGCCAUAGCAAGCAAGGUCAAAGUAAAUAUUAACAUGGCAGAUGAAGCUAAAUCCACUGAUGAAUUUGCAACAGAUGGGGUCAUAAGAAACGAGGCCACUGAAGACAAAGCAGAAGCAGAAGGAGACAAUGUGGACAAGACCAAAGAAUCUGCUUUAGAAAUCCUUAUUAGGCAAAGCUAUCCACAAAGAGUGAAACAUUCACAGCUUCACAAAACAGUGAAGAAACCAGUAGAGCAGGAAAUAUCCAGAGUUAUUACCAGACAAGGGACUGUUAUAAAGACCAUGUUGGAUGGAUCCACCCAGAUACUGUUUGCUGAUGGCACGGUGAUUAGGAGUCCUGAUUCUGGCCCAGUAAUACCUCCUCCACCGGCACCUAGCACACCACACACUGAAGUCCUGCCCACUCCUGAAAUAAACACCAAGAAAAAUAGGAAAUAUACCAAGGGUGCUCUUGUAGCAAAAGUUGAAACAGCUGAAGUAAUUGUUCAAGAUCAUCUGUCUGACAUAGAACAACCCCCUGAUGCCCUGGCGGGCACUUGGAUUACUACUACCCCUUUGGGCACUCAAAUAGGUACCAAGGGAUCAGAAAGACUUGACCUAAAGCCCCUGUUGGCCUACCAGGCCACUGAUCCCGUUAACGGAACGGUAAUGACUAUGAGAGAAGACAGGGUAGUUGUGGUGGAGAAAGAAGAUAGUUCCAAAAUAGUAGAUCAUGCUGAUGGCACCAGAAUAACUACAUUCUUCCAAGACUGUGUUGAAACUAUGGUAGCUAAUGACAGUGAAGAAACAGAAGGUAACUCCCAGAUCAUCACAAGGAAGGUGAAAUGUAUGCGUAUAGAAAAUCCAGAUUUUGCAACUGUCAUAACAAACUGUGAGGACAGCACUUGUUGUGCUAUUUUUGCUGAUGGCACCUCAAUUAUAUCGAAGCCACAAGGAACGUACCAAAUAUUACCCAUGAACAAAGGCUGCCUCUUCAUUGAUGAAGAUUGUUCUGCAGUUUAUUCUCCUGAGGCAUUUGAAAAAGAUGAAAAUGAAUUUAUAUCCAGUGUUGAGGACCAGCAAAUGGGAAAAUACUUUAUGAAACACAACUCUGACACUGUCUGUGAAGUGAUGGAUCCUGCUGGAAACAUUUUUAAGGUCAUGGCAGAUGGCAGCACAUCUGAAUACAUUGCUACCAUUGAUGAUGAUGAUGAUGAUGAUGAUAAUGAUGAUGAUGAUGAAAAGGAAUCAGAGCCCACAGACACACAGAUGCCAGUCAUAUAUGGGGAACAUGCACCCAGGUUCUUCAUUGUCUAUGCCGAUGGCUCAGGCACUGAGCUGCUCCGUACAAGAGACGCGGAGGAGUACCUGGCCAUGGCCUACGGAGACCAAGUCACCGUCGUUCUGCAAGAACCAAUACAAGAAUGCCCAGGAGUCCUAAGUAUUACUGUCCUCCAUCCUUUGUCUGAGACAUCUCAAUGGAUAAUGAAGAGAGACCGUGCCACUAUUGUUCCAUAUAAUCUCCAAUCAAGGGCCUGGGAAAAUUUUCCUACAGUUGAGAGAAGGACUCCAGGUCCUCCCUUUGGAAUGCAUGCUUGGAAAGGGCUCUGCAUAGAAUUCAAAGAGCUGGCAGAUUCUCCUGCACCUAUUCAGACAUGCCCAAAUGUACUCAAGAUUCGACGGCUGAUUCAGUAUGAACCAGUCACUGAUGAACUGAGGCACAAAUUGCAGCUUUCUGUCAAGGAAUACAUUGACAAAAUAAUGAAGCAAGAAGAAGAAAUUCAUGAAAUGACUGUUAAGGAUCCAAGAAUGGAAGAGGAGAAGGAAAAUGCUGCAGAUCUUCUCAAGCUAGUUAUGUCUUUCCCUAGCCUUGAGGAAUCUUCAGAUCACUGCACUAGAGCUCAGGUUGCUGAAAUAUAUGAGCAGGCUUUGACUUCUCAGUUGAAGAAUCCAUCAGGAGAGGCACUCACAAAGAAAACUGAGGAAUAUUGGCAGCAAUUCCAGCAGGAAGGGGCUAUGCAGGUAUCCCUCUGGCAGAUCAAGUUAGCACAAACCAGGCAGGAAGUUGAGGACGGAAAGAAGUGUCUUUUGAAGAUGAGGGAGAAAGAAAUCUGCCCUUAUUUCAAAUCAGAAUUUGGCAUGAAAUUUCUGCAGAAAGAGUUGCCUGACGUUGAACUUCUUUCAAAAAUGCUCCCUCCAUUUCCAAGAAAAGAACAGAAGGAACCAAUUUUAAACACAAUUAUAGACUCUACUGAAAAGAGAAUCAUUCAGUGUAACAAUAUUUCAGAAGAUCAAGACCAUUCAGCCAGAGACAACCAUGCAGAAGAUCUCUGCCAUAGCUCACUGUUCUGUUCUUCACUCUGUGCUGCAAUCUACCCAGAUCGUUCUGCAACAGAAGCAGAAACAAGCGAAAAUAGAUUAGAGAUCCUUUUCCAGCCAAAACUCCAGUCUCUUCUGGUGGAUGCUACAGGAUCUCCAAGGAAAGGGAAGGUGAAACUGCCCUCAUUCAUACAGGCAGGCAAGCCACAGUCCAUACCCAAGCAAAAGGUUGAAGGUCCUGUUUCUGGCAAAGUACGUUCAUGCUGUGUUGCAGCAGCUUCCCAGCAAUUAUCAGGUUUCCUUCUCAUCCCACCUAAGGUCAUGUUUGGGGUUCUCAAGGAGGGCUGCACUUACGUAGCCACAGUUGUCUUGAAGAACACUGGUAUUGACUUCUGCAGGUUUCGAGUGAAACAACCACCCCCCCUGCACUGGAUUGCGAGUGAGCUACAUCCCAGGGCCCGUAGCUGCUGGACUGCAAACUGAGCUGGAAAUUGAGAUUUAUGCUAUGGCUAUUGGAGUGGAAGGAGAUGAGGGCUGUGGGGAAGUUUUUCAUAGGAUUGAAAUUUACACAGAAAAUGAAACUCUCUUCCUUCCUGUGGA